CGCUGGGUCGCUCUGUACGUGCUGCCUCUUCCUGACUCAGAUAUCUGUUUAAUACCUGCUUUCGGCAGAUAUCCGACCUUCACCUGAGCAGGUUUCAUGACCCAGGCAGAGCUGCAGACUUAGAAAAGUUCUGUUCUGAAACUAUUGACAUCAUUCAACCAGCUCUCGUCCUAGCAACAGGAGAUCUGACAGAUGCCAAAACGAAGGACCUGUUGGGAUCUAUGCAGCAGAAGGUAGAAUGGCAAACUUACCACAGUAUUCUGAAGAAGACAAGGGUCAUGGAAAAAACCAAGUGGCUUGAUGUCAAAGGAAAUCAUGAUUCAUUCAAUGUUCCAAGUCUGGAGAGCGUCGAGAAUUAUUACAGGAAAUAUUCUGCCAUACGUACGGAUGGCUCUUUCCAUUAUGUUCACAGUACUCCCUUUGGAAACUAUUCUUUCAUCUCUUUGGAUGCCACCCUAAACCCAGGGCCUAAGAGGCCCUAUAAUUUCUUUGGAAUUUUAGAUGAGAAACAGAUGGAGGAGCUUUUAUUAUUGUCAAAGGAAAGUAAUCAGAGCAACCACACUAUUUGGUUUGGACACUAUACAACAUUUACUAUUCUUUCUCCAUCACCAGGAGUUCGGUCAAUAAUGAGUUCAGCUACAGCUUAUUUGUGUGGGCACCUCCAUACACUUGGUGGACUGAUGCCUGUUUUGCACACUCGUCACUACCAGGGCACUUUGGAGCUUGAGGUGGGAGACUGGAAGAACAACAGAAGGUACCGCAUCUUUGCUUUUGAUCAUGACCUCUUUAGCUUUUCAGAUUUGAUCUUUGGCGAGUGGCCUGUGAUACUUAUCACCAAUCCUAAAUCGCUCCUCUAUAGUUCUAAACAUGAACCACUAGAAAGACUCCUUCACUCAACACACAUCAGAGUCUUGGCCUUUUCCUCAUCCUCCAUUACUUCUGUCACAGUUAAGAUCGAUGGAGUUCAUUUAGGGGAAGCUACUCAUUUGUCUGGUCCUAUUUUCACACUGAAGUGGAACCCAAGGAACUACAUUAAUAGUACACAUAAUAUAGAAGUAAUUGUCCAGGAUUCUGCUGGAAGAAGUAAGAGUGUUCACCACAUAUUUUCUCUUCAAGAGGAUAAUCAGCUCAGAUUUGACCCUCUAGUAUCUUUUAUUCUUCUUACAGAUCACUGCAUGGUGGCCCGGGUCCUGUUUGUGCUGAUUGUGCUGAUCCAGCUCUUCGUUCUCAUUAUUUACAGGCAUCAAAGAUAUCUAGAGCUUAAAGGACCUCCAGGAUUUAUAAAUUUGACCUCAUUUUCCCUUCAUGUCUUGAGCAAAAUAAACAUCUUCUACUAUUUUGUCUUGUUCCUGACUCUAUAUACAGUGCUGGGACCAUGGUUCAUUGGUGAAAUUACUAAAGGCAAAAUGGGUUGCUGCUUUUCCUUUGGGAUCUUUGUUGAUGGGCGUUUCCUACAAGGCAGUUUAACAUUUGUGGUUGGAAUUCUCCAGUUGGCAUUUUUUAACAUCCCCUUGAUGGCUUACCUGUGUUGGAGCUUGCUGCAGCGGUGCUAUGGUCACAACUUCAGGUCUCAUCUCCGUCAAGGAAAAUACUUGAAAAUUAUUCCUGUUUACCUUCUUGUGUCACUGCUGUACAUCUGGCAGAUUUAUGCCUGCUACUUUCUUCAGAGGGCAUAUGGCACUCUAGCUUUUUUCUUCUCCCCUUUGCGGACCUGGUUGACACUGUUGACACCUGUUCUCAUUCAUCGUGUAUGGACACUGAACUCCAGGGAGCUUGUAACCUUUACAGUGCAGUUAAAAAGCCACCUGAGCUCCUGAAGGCCAUGUCUCACCAUCUACCUCUGUCGCCCAGGCCUCUGCCCCAGCAGCGGGUGGAAGGCCAAUACUGGUGGGCAAGCUUCAGGGAGCUGCUGCUCCUUGGCUGCCUAGGGGUUGGGUGAUUACCCACUACUGAUUCCUGCAGAAUGGACUUGCAGAGGAGUCUCUAAAUGAUGCUAUGAUUCCUUCCUUCCCCAAGAAGGCAAAGGGUUGAUUUACUUCUGUGAAGGGUAGAGGACAGGGGCUGGGUGUGUAUGGGUGUAUCUGAGGCCCAGUGUGCUUUUAGGGCUAACUCAUGUAAAGUACCGAGCACAGUGUCUAGAACUCAGCAGUCAAGGGUGCCACUUUAGAGUCGGAGAACCAGUGUGAACUUGGACCUGACCCUGACUACCCUUGCACUAUUAGCUCUCAGUCUGCUUUAACCGCAGGCUGGGCCUCUGCUGCUUCAAUGUGGGGGAGGGGGCGUUUCAAUCAAUCAAAUACAGUAAAUGAAUGACAAUAGGAAAUAACUCGUCCCAGCCGGUGUGGCCCAGUUGGUUAUCCUGUGCACCAAGAAGUCCUGGGUGGAAUUCCCAGUUGGGCACAUGCCCCGGUUGCAGACUCCAUCCCCAGUAGGGGGCAUGCAGGAGGCAGCCAAUGGAUGUUUCUAUCUGUC